AUGGAGUGCGAGCCUAUCAACGCCGGGCCGAUGAACCGGAUGCUCACACUGCUCUCCGUUAAGCUCAUGCAUCGGUGUGAGAGAUAUUUGUCACGGUUGUGGAAGCCGUCCCCGGGCUCGUCACCUUUGUCCAGGUUCUUCAUCAAAGUAUACCCCUUCGAAAACCUGGCCGAGGCGUACGCCAUGCAAUUUGUCGCAAAGCAUACGUCGAUCCCAGUGCCCAAGGUCUACUGCGCCUUUAUCCACAAGGGCGCUACAUACACAGUCAUGAGCCGGAUUGAUGGACACAUGGUAAGUGGUGGAUGGCAUGGCCGGUCCGACGAGUCCAAGCGGGAGAUUCAUCUCCAGCUCCAGCUUAUGAUCGAGGAGCUUCGAAACAUAAGCCCGCCCGAGGGCAUGGGCGUCGCUAAUGUCAACGGCGGUCCUUUCUGUGACCCUCGCCUGCCCUCCAAAAUGUUCUGGGGCCCUUUUGCUUCGGUCCGCGAGUUCCAUCAAGCCCUCAUAGAGCCUGUGAAGAUUGAUAAGCACCCUACGGACCUGCCAGACCUGCCAGACGACAUCCCUGAGCUACUCGAUUUCUACCGCCAACACCACGAAAAAGUAGUGUUCACGCAUGGCGAUCUAAGCAGCUUGAACAUCGUGGUACGCGGUGACAAGGUUACUGGCAUCAUCGAUUGGGAGACCUCUGGCUGGUUUCCCUCGUACUGGGAGCACUCAUGUGCUUGGCAUGUCAACCCAUACAAUGUGUUCUGGCAGGAUGAAGUCGGCAAAUUCUUGCCCCAUAUGCCUUAUGAGCUGAGAAUGGACAAGAUACGGCUGAAAUACUUUGACGCUUUCGGGACCAAUAUAUAG